GAACGUUUUUAAAGAAUCACUACGAGUCGCGCUACCUUGAGAGAAGCUCGACUCAGAACUGUAAGAGCCGCCUCGUAAAAGUGCACAUAAAACUUAUCGUUAAGUGAAACACGUGUGUCUAAAUACCUUGCAUACUUGUUGCAAAACUGUUAACUAUUUUAAUUACACAGUUUUGUAAUUGAUUCUAUCCAACCGAUAUUAAUUAUCGUUGGAUAAUUUAGUAUAUUAAUCAUCGUUGACAACUGAAAAAGUGAUGACGAUGGAGAAAAUUCAUAUUGACGAAGCUCAACCGUUGAUUGAUGAGCACAUCAAUUGUCUUAUAGAAGACGAUAGUGCGAUAGAUUGUGACCUAAAAGAUGUGACACCUGAUGAUCUUCCAGAUUGGUACGAUGGAAAGUUAUACAAAGAGGCUCAACGUUUUUAUAGACGAAAUAUAUUGUCUAUAAAUGCACAAAACUUUGUAGGACUUCUUUCGAUACUAGCGAUCCCGUCGAUAUUGAAGGUGCUGAUAUAUACAAAGCAACAUGAUACGCCUUGCGCAGCCUUUAAACGAUACUUACAAACUACACUGCACAUAGUCAAUUUGUAUAAGAAUGAUAUAAAUGUUCGGGAUUCGAAUUGGUACAAAACAAUAAAUACAAUUCGUUGGAAACACGGCACAAACAAUAAGAGAUCACAGUGUGCACGCGUUGGGCCGAUUUAUAAUAGGGAUAUGGCGUUUACUCAAUGCGCUUUUGUAGGCCAUAUCCUCACUAGCGCUAAGACUAUUGGCCUGCACAAUACACCAGAAGAAGAUGAGGCAAUUACUCAUUUUUGGCGUGUAAACGGCUACAUGUUGGGAAUUCCCGAUCGAUUGAACGUAUGCCGCAAAAAUGCAGAUGAAACCCGAGAUUUGUGUCAAAAAAUAAACGAUAAGGUGUACAAAAAAUAUUUGAGUGAAGCUCCACCCGAGUUCUACGAUACAGUAACGACUACAAUAAAUGGAUUAUGGUGUGUGGAUCCGUUUUUGAAUACAGAUGCAAUAAUAGCAUUAACUUUAAAGCUAUAUGGUCUUGAAUAUAAGUCACUCGGAUGGUAUAGUCGAAUAAACCUCGAAUUUCGUAUUUAUCUCUUCAAAUUGUUUCAUCAACCAUACAUUGGAACAAUAUUAAGAGAGUUCAACAAUUACUUUUUGAUUGGACUACUUUGGAUCUCAGAACACUUCCCUGUGCUUGCCUGGAUGAACUUCGGAAAAACAAAUAGCCAAAUAAAUCUAUAUCCUAAAUAUAAAUAAAAUAUAUCUCUUUGAUUAUACAGAUAACCCUCGUAUAACGCGAUUUAUAUAACGCGGCAUUUCUGUAGAACGAAAUAUCCGCGUUAUACGACGGUUACCUGUA